CUGAAUCUACAGGGCAGGAGCAGAGCAGUGAAGGAUAGGCAGUCUUGGAGAUCUCUCAUCUACAGCGUUGCAAUCAGUCGAGGGCAACUUGAGGGCAAUUAACAACAAUAAUGAUGAAAACAACAAUAAUUUUAAUUGGGCAUGUUGUUUUUUAUUAUAAUAACAUAUCAGGUGCCUUUUCCCCUCAAAAAAUAUAAGAUUCAGGGUAGUUGAACUGCAAAUGAGGCUUGUUUCUGAGUGAACCUGAAUAGGAAUGCACUCUGAUACUACAGUGUUUGCAUGUUUGCUGUGUUGAAUAUGGCUUUAGUAUUCCCUAGUAAAUGUAUCUAGGGCUUCAACCUAAAUCAUCUUAGUGUGGCUGAAUGUGUCCUGUAGGUGAUCCUGCAUAUGUCCAAGGCACAGCUUUCAGCAGUGGUUUUUUUGCAUCAAAGGCAUCUGAUUCAUGGAUGAUACUCUGUGCCUAGCAUGAUGUUCUAAGGCAUUCUCCUGUGUGUUCCUUCUGUGAAUGCUCUAGCUCUUGCUAUCCAGUAAAUUUUGUCUCAAGGCCGGAUUUGGUCACUUCACAGAACAAGGACAUUGAUGUUUAUCCUCUUUGUUGUAAAUUCAGUAUGAAUAUGCCUGAAGAGAUGGGAAAUAAUUGCAUUGGUAGCCACUAAAGAUUUAUUUUUAUAACAAUGAAGAGGAGGAAAAUACAUUUGUUAGUUAAUAUGUGUAAAAUGAGAAGCUCCUUGGCAAAACUGUUCUUCCCAGAAAUACUGAAGGACAGUCUUGUGAAACAGGUUUUGUUACUUAGUCCUAAACUGUUGGAUACUACCCCAUGUAAGCUUCUGCUGCUUGCUUUCACUGGUUUGUACCUCAGCCAUGCUGGAGCAACAAACAUAGGAGUAAGCAGCAACAGACUAGCUUUCAAAUUGGGCAGUAUCAUUGUGAAUGGAAAUUUAAGCUUGCAGAAGAAGCAGGAACUUGGUGCAGAGAUUCUUCAUUCAAACUGUGGUGUGAUUUGUUCUCUGAAGAUUGUGGUGCUUUGAUACUAUUAAAUGAUUCAAGCAUUUUAUAGUCUUUUUAUUUUCAUGGGGCAUGAAUAGGCUGGGAGAGAGAUUAUCAUCCAGUGUCCCUAGAAGCUUUCUACCUCUAAUAUCUUUAUGUGUUCUUCUCCCUUUUCCAAAUCUUCCAGUAAUCCACACAACUUCUUACACAAUAUACUGGUAAAAAUUGCAACAAAAUGUGAAACCUUCAGAACUAAAACCUUUUCUGCUUUUUACUUUGUUGUCAUCCUUUCUUCUUCAAGUAUACUUGAUUAGUCUGAAAUGCCUUUUCUGCUGGAGCUACAAAACAGUACUGUAUUGGAGAGAAAGAGAGGAUGGAUUAACAAAGCGGGAUAAGAAAAGUGAAAUCGAAUAAUUAUCACCUGGAAAAGGGUGUGCAGGCAUGGUACUAAAGCCACUCCUUGAUGCUAGAGAGACUCCAGAAGGCUAGACUCUGGAAAUUCAACUUCCUUAUUUUCUGGCUUGGGCUUCUCUGUGUCAAGAUGCAGGUAACAUCGAAAGGUGCCAGCUUAAAUCCUAAUGCAAAAGUAUGGCAGGAAAGCGUGCAAGGAAACUCAGAAGCGGCACCAGCAACUAAUGGCACUGAGCAGUCAUGGCAAGAGACAGCAACUGUGCCAAGCAAUUGUACAGAGGGUAAUGCUGAGGUUGCAGAUGAUGGUGCUAAGCAGUAUGAAGCAAUGUAUUCAUCUUCUGAACUGUCUAGAAACAGUUCAGGGGUUGAGGAAACAGCUGCUAAUGGCAUGGUUUUGGCACAGGAGGAUCUUGGAUACCAACUCUAUGAUGUUUCUGGUGAAAGCAGUACUCUCAUUCCUCCAGAAGACCUGAAAGAAUGUUUGAAGAAACAACUAGAGUUCUGCUUCUCACGUGAGAAUCUAUCCAAGGAUCUUUACUUGAUGUCUCAAAUGGACAGUGAUCAAUUUAUUCCAAUAUGGACAAUCGCCAACAUGGAAGGAAUUAAGAAACUGACAACCAAUAUGGAUCUUAUUGUGGAAGUACUGAGAUCUUCUCCUAUAGUCCAAGUAGAUGAGAAAGGAGAAAAAGUUAGGCCAAACCACAAACGAUGCAUUAUUAUUCUUCGUGAGAUCCCUGAAACAACACCAGUGGAGGAAGUAAAGGCACUGUUUAAAAAUGAAAGCUGUCCCAAAGUGAUAAGUUGUGAAUUUGCUCACAAUAACAACUGGUACAUUACAUUCCAGUCAGAUACUGAUGCACAGCAGGCUUUUAAAUACUUACGGGAAGAAGUUAAAACCUUUCAGGGCAAGCCAAUAAUGGCCAGGAUAAAAGCCAUCAACACAUUUUUUGCAAAGAAUGGUUACCGGGUGGUGGAUUCCAGUGUAUACGUUCAACCCGUUCAAACACAAGCACAGUUUGCCUCACCACUGUUUAUGCAGCCUGUAUAUAGUCCUCAGCAGUACUCCAUCUACAGUCUUGUGCCUCAGACAUGGUCUCCAAACCCUGCACCUUAUUUUGAAACACCACUAGCUCCAUUUCCCAAUGGUGGAUUUGUUAAUGGCUUCAGCUCACCAGGUUCAUACAAGACAAGUGCUGCCGCUUUGAGUAUAAGCCGCCCAUUCCAUAGAAAUCGUGUGAAGCCUCAUUUUCGUUUGUCGAGCAACUCUGAACACUCAGCGGAAAUAACAUCCGCAGUCAACACUGUGCCAGUAGGGGAUGGACAAUUGCACAGAGCCAACUCCAGGAAUUUUCAGACAGAUCGGCAAGCUAAUACAUUAUCAGGAAAUCAAGAGCAAAGCUAUUCACUGAAGGAUUCUUCUGUCACUCAGAUGGAGCAGAAUGGUGAUUAUGGCAUGGGCAGAGGAAGGAGGAAUAUUUUCAGAGGUCGAAGGAGACGGGAAGAUGACAGAUUUUCACGACCUCAGCCUUCAGUUGAAACCAAGACGUUGACACCAAAGUUUGACUUACUUGCCUCGAAUUUCCCUCCCUUGCCUGGUAGCAUGAUAAAAACACAAGGAGACCCAGCCUUGGAGAGCCGGAUGUCAGACAUUGUUAAAGGAAUAAGCAAAGAAAAGGAAAACAAAGAGUUGACAGUCAAUUGUCUAACAUCUACUCAGGAAGAGCAGGGGCAAACUGUUCAUCCUGUUGUGAGUGCCAGUUCUCCCUGUGGGAUUGAUGUUCCUGGAUUAAGUGCCACGCAGCCAGACAAGAAGCUAGAAGAGGUCCAUGUGCAAAAAGAAGCUGCAAGCCAGACUUCUCCACCUUCAUCGGUAUGUCCCCUUAGUACUGUAAAGUCACCUCGGACAAACACCACUUCAUCCACAACUGGUGCAAACACAAUGCCUACUUUGACAGUACAGGAACCCAGGAAACUCAGUUAUGCUGAAGUCUGCCAGAAACCCCCAAAAGAAAUAGCUCCAGUUCCUGUUCAGCCACUUAGGGAGCUGCGUACUAAUGUAACUUCGCCUGCCAAAAUAGAAGAAAAUGGCACCCAUGAGAAGACUGGAGAGAAGACACAUGAGAAACAUGAAGGACGGGUGAAGGACUUUGCUGCCUUCAAGGGCAGUGGGCCUCCUAAGGGGGGACCUGCAGGAAAAAUCAGGGAACAGAGGCGCCAGUGUGGACAUAGGUCUUCUCCUCAGGGAGCGCCUCGGCGUAUUGGCAAGGAACAAUAUGGGCCACCUCGAUCACCAAAGGAAAACUGAUCACACUUUUUAUUUAAUCAUAACUGUGACUAAAGAGCAGUAAAGGAAAAACUGGCCAGCUGAGAGAAAUGUAAUGAAAAUGGGAAAAUGGGGCACAGAAUUGAAGAGCACAGGGUUUGCAAUGUGAGAGAAAGGUUGGAGGGAUCCCGAUAUUCAUCUCGAAGUGAUAUAAAAUGCUGGAGGAAUUGCAUCAAUAUAAAUAUAAAGAUUAUAAUUUUUGUAACUUUUUUGUUUUUAAUUUGCAGCAGGUUUCCUGCUUGAACUAGAUUAUUGUGUUAUGAAUUAGCUUGUUGGAUAUGAGGAACAAAUACACAUGUUAGUUUGUUCCUCACAUGACAAGGGGGCAAAAAUAUUUUUUUUUGGAAAAAACAUUUCUGUAAAAAUUAUAAAUUACUUUUUUAAAAUCUAUUUAAUGUAUGGCUUGUAAGAUGAUGUGUAUGCCGUUAAUGGCCUUGCAUUACAAAUCAGCCCCAAAACUGACAUGCUUGGUCAGUAUGAAUGAGUGUAGCCACAUACCUGUUAUGUCAUGAUUUAGUCACUGAUGAUAACUGAAUGUACUACUGUAGUAUUUUGUGUUUUGGAGAUGUAGUCUGUGAUCUUAUUAAUUUUGGUCAGCUUUUAAAAACUCUAUGAUUUUACUUUGGAGUAUACAAACUGCAAGAAAGAAAUAGUGGGCAAGGUUUUAAUUUGAUCUAGUGUUUUCUCCUAAUUGUUUUAUUUCCUCUCCUCUGCUUUAGUAUUUUCUCUAACCUUUAUUACAGAAUUAGGCACAUCUAGCUGGAAUGAAUGUUCCAGUCAUGCUCAGAGAAAUGCAGGAAGAAUGAAAACUGUACAGUAAAUAAUGUCUUGGCAUCACAUUUAAUGAUCCUUGGCAGUUAUUGCAUAUGCCAAAUGUUGUAGAAAUGAUACUAAGUCCAUCUGGGGUCUGAUUUUGCUCCAGUACAUGAACUGGCCUCUACAAAGUGAGGUGCACUGGUGUAUCAAAAAGAUUCUGUUCAAAAGCACUUUUUACUAUAAUGACUAUCAGGCUUUCUUUAGUGGGGAGACUUGGAGAAAAACCAUGUUUGGUAAAUUGGUUCUCCCAGUCUAUUAGAACUACUAGCCAUAGAAAAUUUUAAUAUUAGUUGGGAGAGUAUUAGAGAGACCCUUAGCAUACCUUUAUGUCUGAUAACCAUAAUAUGUAAGAAAAGAAAUAAGAAAAUUACAACAUGCUAAUCUGCCAAAACCUGCUUGCUAGAGUUGAAGGUUCUGUAUUAAAGUGUUAGAGAAGAGUAUAUAGCAGCAAAUAUAUAUAUACCUGUUUCUUUAAUUAAUAGUGAGCAUACACAUUUAAAUUCAUUAGUUGUGAACACUGGAAAACUCAGUUGCGAGAUACCACCACACAUCUUAGUUUAUAUAUGCUAGUGAUAACUUUAAAAUGUCAGUGGCAGAUAAAUAAUUAACUGUGAAAAUGUUCAUCUUCUGAUUUUUCUUAGCCAGUAACACUUGGCGGUUUCUUAUUCAGUAGGCAUUCUCUGUCAAUGGCUUUGAGAACACUCAUAUCUAUUUUUAUAAGUAUAUAUAUAUAUAUAUAAAGUCAGAUUUGUCAUUUCUCUAACUUAUUAUUCAGCUUGGCAAUCACCCUUUUUGAUUUGAUUGAGAAAUGUAUAUGUACUUAAACAUUUGAUAUUCCUUUUCUACGCAUGUCAUUAAUCAUUCAUUUUAAACUAACUCUGCUGGGUUUGGCAGUCUCUAAAUUUACACAAUUGAUCAUGUCUGGUAACACAAACCCACUUUGAUUUACUCAUAAUGCUAUUUUUGAUGGUCAUAACUCACAAAAAGUGAAAACAUAUGAAGUAUUAAAGACUUUGCAAAUUAUAUCAAAGACUACUUCAAAAACAUUUUUAAAAAUUACUGCACUUGGAAUGGAAAAAUGUUGAACUGCUUCAGUUAUACUUAGGGUAGACAUGCACUGUGUCACUGAAAACUCAAUAAGUAUUUAAAUUCAUAAUACUUGUUCUGAAAAAGAAGAAAUUGGGUUGCUAGUCAAAAUAUGGUUGGUUUGUGUUUUGGGAAAAGGCUAGUGAAUAUAAGUUGGCAAUCUGAGUGUAUGAAACCUAACCCUGUGGAUUUGUCUAUAUUUGGCUGGAAACUAGUAUUCAGAAGCAGAUCAACAUUAGAUGUAACUCUUUGCUUUAUUGGGUUUUGAAACAAUUAUAGCUCAUAAAUGUGAGACUAAAAAACAUGACCAUUGGAAGGGAUGUUGUUAUACAUCCUGUAUGUAUGUAUGUAUGUAUGUGUGCGUGCUUUCCCACAGUGGGUAUAUGGCUCUUGUGCAAUGUAUGUGUAAGUGUGUCAACAGCUUUUUCCAAUGUAAAAUUACUAGCCUGGAGGGACUCAUUAUAACCUAAAUAUUUGAUAACUUUCUCUACAAUUGACAUAGCAUUCGCUUCUCCCAUCCCCUCAUCUGCUACCAUAGAUGUCUGAUAGGUUUAGAGGGAAUAACAAAACAAAUACAGCUGCUAAAAAGAGGAAGAGCAGUGUUGUAUGCUCUUAACAUCUCCUGCAUUUUUCCUAUUAACUUCUGUGUUUAUUGCAUGGUUAGAUACAUAUCUGGGCUGGCUAUUGCUCUGGUUCAUUCACAGACAUUGUCUUGGGUUUCCAUCAAUCAGUCUUCCCAUUUUAUUUUGAAAAUGAGAGGAAAAAAUAUUCAGAAUUAAAUCCAUUUCUAGGACAGGCUUUUUUAUUUUUAUUGUAAGAACGUGCAGUGUGGUAGUGCUUUUUUUUUUGUAUACUUUACAUUAAAAUAUAAACAGGCAAUGUCAUCAUUCUUACGGCAGAUGGCAGUUUGAAGCAUUGAACAGCUUACGAAGUCAUUGUUCUCUGGGAAUUUGAAACAGUGUUGAAUGAAUGUAAACAUAUACUUCAGUAUAGCCUGUACUGGUAAGCAUAACCAAAUCAAGCUUUUUCAUUGUAAAUACUGGUUCAGUAGAGAGGAAGCUCAUCCUUAAAAACACCAGUAUCAGACUGUCAACUAAGUGAAUAUUUACCUUUUCCCUUAACUGGUCAUCAUUAGACGCACAUGCUUCUUAUUCUUGAAAGUUUUAGUAAAGAACAAAGAUGAUAACCACCACAAGAAGCUUUUUGUGCCCUGAACUCUUGUUGGUUGGGUGAAUUUAUGAGUGUUUUUCUUUAACAGCUGGGAAACUGAGUUUUUUCUUCCCCUUCCAGGUUCUCAGUAUUGAUGAACAACUUUGUGUCAUUGUACUUUGCUUGGAAAGGGGGAAAGAUUCUUUGUUUCCAUGCAUUCCUGCCUGCUUUCCCUCUAUUUUUUUUUAAAAAAAACUUAGUUUGGCAGAGUGGUGUGGUUUUAGCAGUGGGCUGAAAAAAUCCACCUUACUGGGCAGAGGAAAAUUAAAUAUGAAAUGGGCAGAUCAGUAGCAAUUAAGUGACUUAAGCAAUGCUUUACUGUAGUUUAAAUAGCUAUGGCCUUAUUACUUCAUCAAUAUCAGCUAAAUAUCUGAAUAUAUCCACUCUUUUUACUGUUACCCUUGUGGAUAUUCACAAGGGGAAAAGAUACCUGCUAUGUGUACAGAUUAUUUUAAAUUUGUAAAAUGCAGCGUUGUAUACAGACAAAAUGCAACAGAAAUGCACUUCGGGGUGGGGAUUGCUUAAACUUUUGUAAAUUGUUGAUUACAACAGAUAUGCAAUAGGUUUUUUCUUUUAACUUUUGAUAUUUACUUCUGAAACAUAAGAUUGUUACCAUCAGUCUUUAGUGAUCUAUCAUGCUCUUAUGUGUGAGUGAGUGAGUGAGUGAUUAAGUGUAGGUAUUACAUAGUGUGAGAUUCCUUUAGGAUGGUACAUUUGAUUUCCCCCACCUUUUUGUUUCCUUUCUUUGAAUGAAGGUUAUUUGAGUCUUCAGCUCUGGACUCUGGAAGAGAUCAGAUUGAGUGUAUUAAUGUUAAUGUAGAAAAUUUGAAAUGGGAGUUAUUCAGUCUUCAGACUAAUCUGUAAUAAUUUUGACCAAUUUAUGUAAUAGCUAGUGAUUUUUUUAAAAAAAAGGAUUCAGUUAUGGUUAAAAUUUUCCCAAAAGAUAUUUCAAAUUUAAAGCAGUUAGUGAGCAAACAAAUAGCAUCUGUUUUAGUGUAUUACUCAGCUAUUUCUCUACUCAGAAAAGUUUUGAGUUGCCUAACAUUUGUAGUCUCACUUUUCAAAGUGACAGGGCUUCAGUUAAAUAAUACAUAUAAAUACUGUCUUGCUACUCUGCUUUGUCAGUUUGGGUUCAUUCCUGUCAUCACAGCUGUCUAAAAUAAUAAAAUUGUGUAAAAUAGAUUCAUGCUUAACUGUUGAAAUUAUACAUGUAAUUUGUAUUUGUUUUUGACAUUGCCAAGGUGCUAUGGGAAAUGGAAAUAACAAUUAGAAGGAAAUAAUAAAGCCACCUUUAAAAAUA